AUUUUCAUUCUCUGCAAAUUCAGACUUCUUUCUUUUACUUGGUUGUUGUUUCUUUAUUUGAAUCUGAGAGCAUUUCCAUAUUUUUUCUUCUUAUUAUAUAUUUUAAAAAUAUAUAUUUUAUUAUUGUUGGGGUUUUUGGUUUUUUUUUGGUGUGUCUGCUUCCUCCAAACCACUUCACCUGAGAGCAGAACUGUCUUCUCCAAUUCCUUCUUUUCUUCUUCUGCUGCUGAUGCUUCAGUGAGCCUAAGAGGCUCGGCCAAUCUCAUGUAGUGAAGCAAAGCGAUAUACGCAUUUUGGGUUUCCUUUCCAGAUCUGCACCCAAACUGCAUCAAAAUCGGAUUUUGAAAUAUGGGACUCGGUGUUUGCGUUUUUCUAUGACUGCCCACCACCGCCAUUGUUGUUUUUUUCCUAGAGGGAUUUGUUAUUCCUGUCUAUUACAUUCUCAAUUGCUAGGGUUUUUUUCUUUGUGGGUUUCUCUCAAUGACUACAAAGCGCGCUUACAAGCUCCAGGAAUUUGUAGCGCAUAGUGCCGCUGUCAACUGCCUCAAGAUUGGCAGGAAGUCUUCGAGAGUGCUUGUCACCGGUGGAGAGGAUCACAAGGUCAAUCUUUGGGCCAUUGGCAAACCCAAUUCCAUUCUCAGUUUGUCGGGACAUACAAGUGGCAUUGAUUCAGUCAGCUUUGAUUCUUCGGAGGUCUUAGUUGCUGCAGGAGCUGCAAGUGGUACAAUCAAGCUUUGGGAUUUAGAAGAGGCAAAAAUCGUUCGUACGCUUACUGGUCACAGAUCCAAUUGUAUAUCUGUGGACUUCCAUCCCUUUGGUGAGUUCUUUGCAUCGGGUUCUCUAGACACAAAUCUCAAGAUAUGGGAUAUAAGAAAGAAGGGGUGUAUCCACACGUACAAGGGCCACACUCGAGGAGUCAAUGCCAUCAGAUUUACCCCAGAUGGCCGUUGGGUUGUAUCUGGUGGAGAAGACAACACUGUGAAGUUGUGGGAUCUCACUGCCGGGAAGCUUCUUCAUGAUUUCAAGUGUCAUGAGGGCCAGAUUCAGUGCAUUGAUUUUCAUCCCCAUGAGUUUCUUCUGGCGACUGGUUCAGCGGAUAGGACAGUUAAGUUUUGGGACCUUGAAACCUUUGAGCUAAUUGGUUCAGCUGGACCUGAGACCACUGGAGUGCGUUGUUUGACUUUCAAUCCCGAUGGGAGGACCCUACUCUGUGGACUGCAUGAAAGUUUGAAGGUUUUCUCAUGGGAGCCAAUUAGAUGUCAUGAUGCUGUGGAUGUGGGAUGGUCUAGAUUAUCAGAUCUUAAUGUUCAUGAAGGAAAGCUUUUGGGCUGCUCAUUCAAUCAGAGUUGUGUUGGAGUAUGGGUUGUUGAUAUCACGCGAACAGAGCCCUCUACAAUCAGUAACACAAGCAGAUUAAAUGGGCGUUCCGAAUCUAAAUCUUCUCCCAGUGGGAAUCUGUCACUAGUGAAUGAAAACAAUGCCAAGUCUAAUUUGGGAAGAUUCUCUGUUUCUCAAAGUACAGAUCCUUUAGCUAAGGAGACAAAAUCUCUUGGAAGAUUGUCUGUUUCUCAAAAUUCAGAUGCUGUAAAGGAACCAAAAGUUUUGACAUCCAUGGGAAGUGCACCUGGUACUCCUCAAAGGAUUAAUGUUAAUUCCACCCCAAAGACUAUUCCAGCCAGUUCAAUGGCACUACCUAGCACCACAACCCUAAAGAGGAAUUCUGCAAAGGCCCAUUCAGUGGCUAAUGUUCCAACUUUUAACAAAUCAGAUAUCAUUCCUGUUAUUGUGCCCAGAACUAGUAUAAGAUCGGAUCUUGCAGCUGAGUCCAGAAAGGAGGGUGGUCUGGUUGCAAGAACAAUGCCACUAUCUUUGCAGUCAAAGGCAACUGAGUUCCGAAGGUUUCCAAAUAGCAGAGAAGAAGUGGAUAAGCCUACUGUUCCUGUAGUUUCUGAACCCACUCCUAAAGUUGCUGAAUUCAGCAGUGUUGCAGAUAGAAAUUUUUUUCCUGCAGUUACAAGCUCAACACAUGGAAUAUCUACUACUGCAAAAGAUGAAAGAUGUAAUUUAUCUGGAAAGCAAGAAACAAGUUCAAUGAUGGAGCCAACUGCUAACUGCGAGCCUGAAAUUUAUGAAACUCGGGGGCACAAGGUGAAUAGAGAUGCAUACCCUAUUGAAGCUCAAAGAGGAGGAAGGACGCGCACAAUUGCUGUGAAUUGGGAGAAAAGAGAAAGAUAUUCUAAUUUUGAGGGACCUACGUCCAGUGUUUCCGAUGCAACAGUAUCUGCAACAAAUGUGCUUCCUCCGAAUGCAAAGUAUAAGCAGAGAGGAUAUCCUCUGUCAACUGAAAAGGAAACUGUAUCUGCCAGUGAUGAGGAUGCUAUGGCAGAUGUCAUGGAACAACAUAACCAAUUUAUCAGCUCUUUGCAGUCUCGAUCAGCCAAGUUGCAGAUAAUUUAUAGAUAUUGGGAAAGGAAUGAUGUUAAAGGGGUCAUUGUUGCGAUGGAAAAGAUGGGUGAUCAUGCUGUCGUUGCUGAUGUAGUUAGUAUUAUGACGGAAAAAAUUGACAUUGUCACGCUGGACAUAUGCACUUCUCUUCUGCCAGUGCUCACAGGCCUUCUAGAAAGUAACAUGGAUAGGCAUUUAGACAUUGCUCUGGAAAUUUUGCUCAAGCUCGUUAGAAUAUUUGGUUCCAUGAUCUAUUCAACAAUAUCAGCAUCAUCAUCUGUUGGUGUGGAUAUUGAAGCAGAGCAGAGACUGGAGCGUUGCAACGUUUGCUUUAUGGAGCUUGAAAAAGUGAAACGAUGCCUGCCUAACCUUACCAGAAGGGGGGGAUCAAUUGCAAAGUCUGCACAAGAGUUAAAUCUGGCUCUUCAGGAAGUUUCAUGAGAAUGGAACUUGAAAUUAUUUCCUGGCUUACAAGAAUUUCCGUUGGUUGCUAAAGAAAGAGGGAGUUUAUGCAUUUUGUAAGUUGUAAACCUCUCUUCUAUGCAACAACACCAGAUGGUUUUGACUUUGGAGUCUCUGUGUCUAUGUCUGCCCCCGGCUCAGGUCCUGCCCUUUCUUGUAAAUUCAAAUUCUUCAUGGCUAAGUGGAGGCAUUUAACUAGAAAAGCUAAUUCUACUUCCUUUACUGAAAAAAAAAAAAAAAAAAAACCC